AUGAGUCCUCCCGCAUCAAUUGCCCCUCAACCAAAUGUUCCAGUCCACUAUGUCAAAGCAGAGACAGGGGAGGUCAUCACGUUGGGAAAUGUCAAAUUGAGAGUUUUAGAAGAUGGGAGUAGGACUGACAACCGGAUUUCGACCGUUGAGGGCACUCUUCCCGUGGGUCUAAAGGGGCCGCCAGCUCACUGGCACGAGAUGCAUGAUGAAUGCUUCUUGGUUACGAAAGGGGUAAUAACCUUUCAAGUGCCCGCCAAUCCCUCAACCGGCGAAUCCGAGAAGAGAAUUGAUGCAGGAGUAGGGGAUUAUGUGGUUGUGCCUCCCAGAGCUCCUCACACAUUUAGCAAUGAGACGGAUGAGGAGGCGAAAUUUGUUAAUACUUUUACUCCGGCAUUCUACAUCCAUUACUUCAAACUCCUGGCUAAGAUGAUGGAAGAAGGAAAAGAAUUGACUCCAGAGAUGAACAUGGCAGCUAUGGCCUAUUGUGCUACGAUUCCCGUGCCAAGGAGGAACUGA